ACCAGAUGUAAACUAACACACCGCAAACAAGAGUGCCUCUGUCACGUGCUCCCUGGCAGACAACACACAAAGACACCUCAAAACAAAACAGAAUUUAGCCUCUCAGAUUAUGCAACCGUUUACGCUGUCAUUUUGUAAACCUUUGAGCUAUAAAUGUGAAGGGCCUGCUUUGUGCUGGGGAAGAGAUUGCUUAGUGUAGAAAUGACAUACUCCACUCCCUCCAUAACUCAUUCACUCCAUCUUGGUCAAAAGGUUUCUUGGGAUUGCACUGUAUCUAGGUGGGGAAAGAGAAUUGUGUCAGAGGUGGAAGGACAGUGAGGUUACAGAAGGUAUUGCAGACCUGGAUGCAGGUGUCUGAUGCUUUCUCCUUCUGGGUGAUUCAGACUUGGCCCCGGCAUUCCUGAGAUUGCAUUCAAGCACAAAAUCAAGAUGGAAGACCUCUGGAAGGUCACGUUCCAUGUGUUAUCCGUGUGGUUAACCCUGGUGGUUGGGCUCAUCAUGCUCCCAGCAAUGUUCGGAAUCUCCUUGGGAAUAACCGAAGUUUACAUGAAGAUUUUAAUGAAGACGCUUGAAUGGGCUACUCUGAGAAUACAGAGGGGCAGAAAUGAGAAACACUCAAUCAAGGCUUCAGUAUCUAAUGGAAUCAUCCAAAGGGAUGGAGACUCCUCCAUGGAGAAGGAGAUAGCAGAGCUGAGGGGAAGCCGUAGCAAGCCCCCGGCCAGUGGGGACUUCCAGAUGAGCGACGUCUUCUACUUCAACAGGAAGGGCAUCGAGUCCAUCGUGGAAGACGAGGUCACCCAGCGCUUCACGUCCGAGGAGCUGGUCUCCUGGAACCUGCUCACUCGUACCAACAACAACUUCCAGUACAUCAGCCUGCGCCUGACCAUCAUCUGGGUGGUGGGGGUCCUCAUCCGCUACUGUGUGCUUUUACCUCUCAGGGUUACUCUUGCUGUAAUUGGAAUAAGUUGGCUGGUUAUAAGUACCUCCUUGGUUGGGCUGUUGCCAAACAGCAGUGUGAAAAACUGGCUGAGUGAACUUGUUCAUUUGAUGUGCUACAGAAUAUGUGCUAGAGGUCUGUCUGCAACCAUCAACUAUCACAAUAAAGAAAACCGACCAAAAAAGGGAGGGAUAUGUGUGGCCAACCACACCUCACCGAUAGACGUCGUCAUUCUUGCCAAUGAUGGAUGCUAUGCUAUGGUGGGGCAGGUCCAUGGUGGCCUGCUGGGAAUUAUUCAGAGGUCCAUCGUGAAAGCCUGUCCGCAUGUCUGGUUUGAGCGAUCAGAAAUGAAAGAUCGCCACCUAGUGACAAAAAGGUUGAGAGAUCAUGUUGCAGAUAAGUCCAAGCUUCCAAUAUUGAUCUUUCCAGAAGGCACGUGCAUAAACAACACGUCAGUCAUGAUGUUUAAGAAAGGAAGUUUUGAAAUUGGAGGGACCAUAUACCCAGUUGCUAUCAAGUAUGAUCCUCAGUUUGGGGAUGCUUUUUGGAACAGUGGAAAAUACAGCAUGGUGAGCUACCUGGUGAGAAUGAUGACCAGCUGGGCCAUUGUCUGCAAUGUGUGGUACCUGCCGCCAAUGACCAGACAGGAAGGGGAAGAUGCAGUUCAGUUUGCCAACAGAGUGAAAGCAGUGAUAGCCAGGCAAGGAGGCCUGGUAGAUCUGUCUUGGGAUGGUGGCUUGAAAAGGGCAAAGGUUAAGGAGACGUUCAAGGAACAGCAGCAGAAAAUGUACAGCAACAUGAUUGUUGGAGAAGACAGCAGCUGAACUAAAUAUGAUCUCUUCAAGUCUCAUUGUGCACAAGUAUAUCCACAUUUCAAAUUCUUUACAACCUGUUAGAGUAAUAAAACUAUUAUGAAUUUAAGUGCCUCAAAAGUGAAAAAGAAUAUGUUGUUAUAGUAAACAAAUGGUUGUAGUAUAAGCAUGAUGAUGUACAGAAACAAGAACACUGAAUAUAUACGAUUUGAAAAAUAUGAAAUAGCUCAGAAAUUUUUAACUGGUCUCUGAGACUGUUUCCACUGUGUUGUAUAGGAAAUGAAUUGAAUAAAAGCAUUUCACACUAACAUUUUGUGUACCAUAUACAGUACCACAUAAAAAGUAUUUUUUUACCAAUGUAUUUUAUAUUGUACCUGAGGCAAUAUUACAGUUCUGUGCAAUGUCUCUUUACACUUCCUUUGUCUGUUCCUUGUGUUUUGUGCCAGGUAUUCUGUGGAGAUGAACUAACAGCACAGCUUAUGUUAACAAAUGGAUCAGACUACGUGCUAACCACAAGCUGAACACUUUACUAAUUUAUAGACAACUAUUGUUACUGUAUACCUGAAAAAUAGAGGCAGGGAAUCUAAAGUUAUUUGCUUUUAGAAAGACCUUUCUGUUUCUUAGGAUUCCAAAGUCAUCGGGUUAACAUUUUGUAUUUUAAAUCCUUUAAUCAUCCAGGAUCCUCUUGGUAAAAGUAUUGUUACUACAUACACUAGAUAUCAUUUAAGUCUCCCUUUGAAAAGGCUUUCUGUCUGAGCCUCUUAAAUUACUUACAUGACAAUGGAAAUCAAAUCAGGCAUUUCUGAAUGGCACAAUGGAAAAUUAGAAUUGUUACAUUAAAAGGUUACAUAUAAUCCAUAAUUCAAUAUUUUUGGUAUCCUCUGUCAGAAUGCAAUUCCAUAAAAAGGAAGACAAAACUAAGCCACGUAACUACAAAUGAAUAUGUUUAUGUCUAGUGUAUGUAAUGGAGACAUGAAUUAAACUAUAAGACUGUGAA